UCGCGGCCAUGUUGAAAUUUUCUGUGACAGUUACUUCUUAGGAAAAUCUUCGAACUCACAAAACAUUGCGAAAAAUUGUUUUGGGAGUUUUUACAGAAACACAGUUGCAGUCUACGUUUCGCCCACUCGAGAGGUUCCCUCACUCCCAUGAAUUUCCUUGAUCCAGAAGAUGGAUCAGGAUGAAAGGCAGAGAAAAUUAGAGGCCGGACGAGCAAAGCUUGCUCAAUUUAGACAGCGCUGGGCGAAAAGUGAAAGUUCGAGCACGCAGAAAAAGACGGCGAAGAGGAAGGGCCAAACUGUCCAGACGAAUGACCGAUCAGCACAAGAGCACCUCCUAGAGGAACCACAAACAAGCCAAUAUCAUGGAGAGAUUAACAAGGGACUCUCAGAGGUGUCACUCAGACCUGACAGCACAGACAAGGGUGUUCCAGAGGUCCAUCAAGGCAACAGGGAGGCAGAUGAUUCCCAGGAACAGAGCUCCUCCUCUGGGUCUCUGGCAGAGUCAGAGCUGCCUGAUCAGGCAGAAGACGAACUUGCAGAAACGAUCAUAGUUGCACACACUGGCAAAGAACAACUGAAGCAAUUACAGGCUGCAGUGGAAAAGCGGAAUGAGAUCAUUUCACAGCUGAGCAAGAACCUGCAGGUGGCGCUGCAGAGCAGAGACCAGGUACAGCUGCAGGCACAGCAGCUCACGGGUCAGAUUAAGGCUCUACAGCAGCAGCUGCAGCAGACAAAAGAAUACCUGUGUAGUAAAAGUCAAGGAUGUGUGGAUCUGACCCAGGCUGCUCAAAACCAGCUGCAUCUACAGUUGGAGGAGUCACAACAGGUGACCAAAGACCAACAGUGCCUCUUAGCCCAAAAGGAAGCUGAGAUCACAGACUUGCAACAGAAACUGGGUGUCAUGGAGAAAUCCCUCUCUCAGCUUCAACAUGCUUUUACCCAGAGAAACCCUGAUCAAUUGGAGCCAAGACUUGACCAACUCUUUGGUUUGGAUGAAUGUACUGUGAGCCCUCUGUUCCCAGAGAACAGUCUUGACUCAAACUCUGACACUUUACUGAAAAGGCUUCGAGCCGAGCUAGAAGAAGAGCGUAAAAACACCCGGCAAGCUCAAGAACAAGUAGAUGCCUUUCAUAAGAAGGUGCAGAGUUUGGAGAAUGAGAGGACUGUGAUGGAAGCUUAUCUGUCUGAGGUUCAGGCAAAACUAAAGUUUGCUGAGAAACAAGCCCUCGAGGCCCAGCAGUAUAAAGCAGAGAAAGAUGAGCUGAACCGAGAAAUGGCCAGACUGGACAACCAUGUCAAGGAGCUUCAAAAUCGUCUUCAGGAAGAGGAGAAAUCGGGACUCCAUUUACGUUCUAAAUAUGAAGCUGAUAUUUCCAAUUAUGAUCUCAGGCUUCAGACUCUAGAGGAGGAAAGGGAGUUGAAUCUCGCCCAGCUUACCGACACUCACAAGGCUGCGCUCAAGCAGCUUCAGGAGGAUCACUCGGAUGAGAUCAGUCGCAUUCAGGAGCUUCUGGACCAAGCCCGACGGCAACAUGUCGAUUCUCAUACAAGUGUUUCUGAAGACUUUGGUGCAGAAAUACAAUGGAGCAAUGUCUUCAAAGGGCACCACAAAGAGGAGACGGCCAUUGAGUGUGCUGUCAGGGACGUUUUUAGCUUUGAUGUCUCUGCAGGUGAUUUCCAGGAUGUGCUGAUGGAGCGUUACUUGGCCUCUGAAGGGCUUCAAGAAAGCUCACUAAUUGAAGGCAGUCUGGAAGAACGGAGCCUGAUGGAGAAAUCAAUGUCCAGGUUUGAGCUAGAGAGUGAGGUCAUAUUUCACAUGACAGAUCACCCUAACAACGUCACAUCUGAUUGGGAUAAGUCAGAGCAAGGACUGUCUGUAGAUCCAAGCAUUGAUGAGAACCCACCUGGUGAAAUGUCCUUCACUGAUGUCCAGUGGCAAAAUUCAACCUCAGUCAUUGAAGAGUUGAAUGAGAGUGCAGGCACUGUGGACUUGGCAAAAGAGCUUCUGAUCCAGCAAUGCAGAGACUUGUCGGAACAGUUAGAAGACCGGGAACGACAACUUGAGGUUCUUCAAGAGGAAGUCCGCCGCUCUGCAGAAGAGGUCGAGGAGGCGCGGGAGCGCUGGAGCAAAGCUUCAGAGGAGCUUGAGGAAGCCAAGUGGGAACUGGAGAUGGAACGGGAGAAAAGGGAAAAUUGUGAGGAUAUUAUCAGCCAGAAAAUGCAUCAGGAAGACAACCUAAAGAACAUACUUAGCCACCUGCAGAGCCAAAAACAACUAUUGCGUCAGGACAAUGAAAGCAUGUUGCCUGACAACAUUGAUUCCAAUGGUAAGAACUCUACUUUAACAACAGAGGAGCUGCUGAAGGAACUAAGGGAGGAAAAGGCACAAUUGGUGCUACAGCUCAAACGACAAGAGCAGCUAGUGAGGGAUGUCCAUGAGCAGAAAGCAGCAGGUGACUCUGUGAGUAGUGAGGUUCACACUCUCUUUGGGAGGCAGCUUUCAUCUUUGCAAGGUCAGAGAGAUGAUAUUCUUUCUCAGCUGGAGCAACAAAGGGAAAAAAACCAGGCUACCUCAGUGUUGCUUGGUCAAAGGACACUAGAGGUGGACCAAGCAAAUAUGGAGCUUCAGCAACUCAAAGCUGAGGUACAGGAGAAUCUUGUAAGGUUGCAAGAUUUGGAGAAGGACAAAACUGACCUCGAGUCUAAAUUAACAUGCCUUAAAGAGAACCUCACAAACAUGGAGGAGGAGAAGGCUGCCCUGGAGAGACGUCUCCAAGCUUUGGAGGACCAAGCAAAGAGCAUGGAGGAGGUUCUAGAAUCAGAGCUGAAGGACUUUGAGCAACAUCUUAAAUCUAAGGAUGCAGAGCUCAAGGAAGUUAGGGAAGCACAAGAGAAGGCAGAAGAGGAGUACAUGGAAAAGGAGAGUUCUUUGCUGAAAGAACUUGUCGUAGUCAAACAGAAUCUGCUAGAAAGACAGAGAGAACAUGAGGAGCAGCAGAGACAGUUGGAAGAGAAACACCAGAGAGAGGUUGAAGAUUUGAAUCUACUCUUUGAGAGAAAACUUUCAGAGCAGAAAGCUCAUAUGGAAGAUGAACAGAAGAGGCAGAUCAGCUUGAUUAAACAGGUCCAUGAAAGGGAGCACGAUAGGGAGUUGUCUCAGCUGGGAGCCCAACAGAGUGAGGAAAUUGGCAGACUUAAGGAUGAGUUCUCCAGGGAGCUGCGUGAUGGCCUGGAAGCUGCACACCAGGCUGAGCUACUCCAAAUACAAAGCCAGCACAACCUAGAGCUUGAAGCCUUGCGUUUGAGUUUAACCAACUUGCAUACAGCUCAGCUAGAGCUUUCUCAAGCCAACAUGCAGAAAGAGAAGGAGGCAGCCCUCAGCGAGUUGCAAACCAUGCUGCGGGAGAAAUGGGCACAGGAGAGCGCCAUGCUGCAGACGCGGCAACAGUUUGAGCUGGAAAGACUCUGUGAGCAGAGCCGAGAGAAGGAGGAACGAGCUGAGACUCUGCACCAACAGGAGAUCGAUAAUCUGAAUCAGGAUUGGGAGAGGCAAGUUAUGGAAGAAAGGAGCUCAGUAGAAAGGUUGCAGGCCAGUAAACUGGAGGAUUUAAAGAUUGAGUGGUUUGUGGAGGCAGAAAAGGCCAGGACAGAACUCCAGGUUCGAUUAAAUAACACCGAUCAGAAGCUGAGUGAAACCCAGGCAGCUCUCAGUAAGGCUGGGGAAGCUCUUGCAGAGACUCAGGGUAAGCUAGAAGAGUUGCAGCUUUCCAGAGAGAAGGACAACAACCUGGAGAAAGACCUCAACCAAGCCUUGGUUGACAGAGAUGCUGCUGCUUGUGCAGUUGAGGAGUUGGUUGCUUGUCAUAAGGUGGCACUGCAGGAGCAACAGGAGCGUGCCCGAGCCUUGGAACUGAGAGAAAACACUCUGAAGCAAGAGGUUGAACGUCUGCAGUCAGAAAGGGAAGAAAUAAAGGCCAGUUCAGAACUGGAGAUCUCAAACCUUUGGUCCCAGCUGGAGUGCAUGAGAACCAACAGACAGGAGCUCGGAGAGCUGAAGGAGCAGUUACUUGCACGCUCAUCACGGGUUGAUGACAUAGAGCGGCUGAAGCAGGAAUUUGCUCAUCAGCGGCAGGAAAUCAAAGAACAGAACGAGGUGGAGCUGGAGAACCUCCGAACUUACUUCGAGCAGAGACUCCAGGCCGCAGAAGAGAGUCAUCGGGAAGAGGUUGCACUCUUCCAGCUGCGACUCAUAGAGGGAGCCCUGGAGGACUCUGUGCUCAACACCGGGGAUGCAAGCUUUCUCUCUGAAGAAAAGCUUGACGAAGAAAGGGGUGACGCUAUGGCAGAGAUCACACGGCAACUGGAAAAACACAAGGAGGAGCUGGACUCCCUGCGGCUGCAGUUGGAGGAGAGACACCAGCAGGAAUUGGAGCAGUUGCGGUCCAGCAUGGCUUUGGCUUAUAAGGAAGAAUUACUGCAGGCUCGCACUGAGCUAGCUGACCGAUACUAUAAAGACAUCGACCAGCUCAACACCAAACAUGCCCAUGAACUUGAGCAGCUCCGUGCCAAACUCUCAGACAACCAUAUCAAAGAAAUCACCAAGUUACGGCUACAGUCAGCACAGGAAGUAGCAAGGCAGGUGGAGGCUGAAGUGGAAGAGCGGUCAAAGCACCAUCAGGCCAAGGUGACCCAGCUGGAGACCCACUUAUCCGAUCUCUCCCUAAAACACACAAAGGAACUGGAGAGAGUGGCAGAACGGCACAGAGAGCAGCUCAGACAGAUGGAGGAGACGCUGCAAAAGGACUUUGCAGAGGAGUUGAGAGUGCGCCUUGAGGAGGUGCAGAAGGAAGAGAGACAUCGUGUGAGUGAGGAGUUCACCCAGAGGAGUGCUGAGGAGCAGGCCCAGCUGAGGGAGCAGCUUCAGAAGCAGGCUGAGGAGCAUCUGGCCUCCCAGAGAGAGGAUCUUCAGAGAGCCACCUUGGAAGAGAAAGGGGAGUUGGAGCAGAGGCUGGCUGAGGUUCAGAACCUUCUUGAUGUGGAAAGGGAGAGGCUUCAAGACCUGCAAAAGAGUCUUGAGUGUGAGGAGAACCCUCAGCUGGUGGCAUUGAAGCAGAAACUCCAGGCACAGUACGACAGAGAGAUGUGCACCGCAAAGAGCGCCAUGGCAGCAGAGGUGAAAGAGUUGAAUGCUUUGCUUCAAGAUCAAAUGGAGAACAAGCUACAGGAGGCCAUCUGCAGACACCAAGAAGAACAACGGCAACUGGAAGAGAAGUUGACCCAUCAAAGAGAUGCUACCCUGGGUCAACUGAGGGAACAGCAUGCUGUGGAGCUGCAGGCCCAGAAAGCUCUUUUGGACCAGCGUGCUGUUCAAUUAGAAUGUCUUGAGAAGGAGUAUCAGGAACACAAACUAAACCACCAGGCGGAACUGGAGUACCUGAGGACAAAUCACAAAACAGCCUUAGAUACCUUGAAGAUUGAGCUUAUGGAGAAACACAAGGUGGAACUUGACAAACUGGAGGCAGUCCUUCAGGAAACCAAUCUGGCGCAGCUUGAAGCUCAAGAGGCAGAGCUACAGGCACGGCACAAACAGGAGAGGGAGGAGCUUGAGGAGAGGCUGUUGGCAAACAUGGAUACACUGGAGAGCACUUACCUGAAAGAGAUCCAGGCUGUACGGGAUGAGGGGGAAGCAGAACUGUGUGACCUUCAGGCCUCGUUGGAAAAACGCUUUACUGGAGAAAUUGAGAGGGUGAGGAAGGAGGAGCAAACCAUCAGAGAGGAGCUCAGGAGUGAGCUUGCAAAGGUCCAUAUGGACAAGUUCAGUGCCAUGGCAAUGGAGCUACGUCAAGCUCAUCAGGAAGAGAUGUCUGACGUUCUCUCUUCUCAGAGGGCUGCCCUGGAGGAUGAGCAUUGCUCUGCUCUGGAAGCUCUUCAGCAGCAGGUGGUUGCGCUAGAAAAGCAGCAUAGUGCUGCUCUACUGGAGAUCACUGAAAUUGCCACUGCAGAGAAACUGAAACAAAAGCAACAACUGGAUGUGCUGACCACCCAGCAUCAGCAACAAAUACAGGAGUUGAGAGGAGUGUCUGCAAGGGAGCUGGAGGCUCUGCGUAGGGAACUGGAGGAAGAGGCAUCAAGACAACAACUCCGUUUCCUGGAAGAGGCAGAGCUUCUCAAGUGCCAAUCUGAGGAGCAGCUACAGCAGAAAAUUGCACAGUUAAAGGAGGAGAGUGACCAGGAGAAGGCUGUUGCUCUGGAGGAGCUGGAAAGGACUUUAAAACAUCAGCACGAAGAAACUGAACUCUCCUACAGAGAUAAAAUGAGCCAACUCACCACACAACUACUGGAACUGGACAAUGUAGUGUCACAGCUACGCACCGAAGUGAGUUGCCUACAGGUGGAACUUGAGGGCAAGCGGGUAGAGAUGGACACGCUGGAGACGCUUCUGCAGCGCAGAGACCGGGAGAACCAAGAGGGAGACAAUCUACUGGCCAUGCUAAGAGCAGACCUCAACACAGCCACACAGCAAAGAAAAGACCUGCAAACAGCUCGUGACAAACUACAGCGAAUGCUCAUGGAUAUGCUUCGGAUUACAAUCUCAACGGAGGAGCACAUCAGCUGCAAGUUAGGGGCAUGUGCAACAGGUGGUCACCCUGGAGAUGAAACACCCAAGACCAGGACAGCCAGGAGUAGCCGUGACCCACAUGAAAUGGGAGAUUCGUCUGGCAUGGUUGGAGAUGCUGACUGCAGCACGUGGUCGUCUGCGGUGGACGAGGGGCUGGAAUUGUCUCAGAGGCUGUGUGAGAGUGUGUUUUCUGGGCCAGAGGGAGAGAUGGAGACAGAAGGUGAGGAGCUCAUGCUGGGAGCCUGCACACGCCUGCGCACUGCCGUGGAUAAACUACUGGAGCUGCUUUCGGAGUCCUCACAUCAGAUGGAGCAAAUGUGUGCCCUCCAGGCUGCACUGGAUGAGCGCUUCAGAGACGGAUGUGAGGCCAGAGAAUCUCUGCUGCUGCAAAACUCUCAGCUCCUGGAGCAGUUGGAUCAUGAGGCCAGUCUGAAGAGCCAACUACAGCUUGAGUUGCACAAGGCUGAAGGUCUGAUGGAAGGCUAUGUAGCUGAGAAGGCCACUCUAGAGGAGGCUCUUCAGCAGAAGAAUACAAAGGAGCAACGUCUGGCAGAGGAGUUGGAGAGCACUCGGAUACAACUGCUGGAGGUCAGCGAAAAUCAUGCUCUCCUACUUCGUCAGAGAGAAGCCCUAACGGCCAGCCUCGGAGACACUGAGAAGGGCUUCCUCGACGCUGAGGAAGAGACAGCUCUGUUGGCGGAGGCCGAGCGCCUGGGGCAGGAGUGUGUGGAAGUGCAGCGGCAGGCAGAGAAGGACUGCGGUGGGCUGGCAUCUCGGUUGCGGAUGCUAGAGCAGGCCUUAGAAGAGCAGGAGAACUGCUCCCAUCAGCUGGAGGAACAGCACCGCUUGCAGACUGAUGACCUGCAGCAACACAUUGAUGCUCUGGAGAAGCAGCUUAAACAUCACCGCCAGUUCAUAGAUGAACAAGCGGUGGAACGGGAACAUGAAAGAGAUGAAUUUCAGCAGGAAAUCAAGAAUCUGGAAGCUCGGCUGAGACGGCCAUCUAAAGGACAUGCAGGAGGGGACAGCAAAGGUCAAAGGAUUGAGGACUUAGUUCUUCAGGUGGAGAGCCUUCAGGCUCUGAUCAAAGAUAAGAUGGAAGACUACAGCGUGCUGUUGUCAGCGAAAGAGCAGUGCCAACGUGAUGUGGAAGAACGUAAUGAGGAGAUUGAAAAAUUGGCGACUCGUAUCCGUGAGCUGGAACAGGCGUUGCUAAGCAGUGUGGAGGCCAGCAGGACCGUCACACAGCUGGAGCAAGAACUUCAGAAAACAUGCAAGAGCCUUCAGGAGCUCACACAGGAUAAAGAAGCUUUGCAACAACAGCAUUAUGCCAAUAAGCUUCAGAUCUCCGCUCUGCAGUCUAAACUCGAUGAGACCAGACACCGUUUGCCUGAUGUGACCUCUGACACCAACCUCCGGGAACAGCUGGAAGCCACUCAACAUGAUCUGCAGACAAAAGAGCAACAGGUGGAGUUGCUGUCGGAGCGUGAAGGUGAGCUUGAGAAAGAUGUAGUAUUGAGGGAGGAAGAGAUCGGACAGCUCACACUACAGCUGGAGCUCAAAAACAAAGAGAGCAAAGCUAUUGAAGACCAACUCCAUGCACACAUCACACACUUGCAGGAGACCGUGGACACACUGACCAGACGGCUAGAGGAAGGGAACAAUGACUCCAUCCUUCAGCUGCCUUCUGCCCUUCUAGAGGAGAAGAAUCUAGAGAUUGACCACUUAAACCAGAAGAUCCUUCAGCUGCAGCAGGAGCUGGACAUGACAAACGAUAAUAAAAAACUAGAAGAGAAGCAGGCUGAGAUCGAAGAGUUGCACUCUCUGGUCGAACGUCUUCGUUGCGAUCAGGAACGUUUGCGCCAUGCCAAGGAAGAAGAGGCAGAGCAGCUCCACGAGGUCAUCAACAAGCUUCAAGAAGAGCUAAGCCAGCUUGACCCUAACCAUCAUGAGGUCAGUGACCCCAACACUGACAGUCCCGAGUCCUCUGACUUCCACUGGUCCCCUCGACCUUGCCAGCAGAGGGCACCAAAGGAGAGCCUGUGUCAGGAGCUCAACAGCCACACCCUGCAGUCGGCUCGCGCUCGUUUACAGGAGUUACAGAUUGAGCUGGAACAUGCUUCCGGAGAGAGGGAAGCUCUUCAGAGACUGCUGCUCUCCCAGGAGGAACAGUAUGGGAGUCAAGUGGAGGCACUUGGCCAGAGUCUGGGAGAGGAAAGAGGGAAGGUGGCCAUGUUGGAACAGGAGGUAGAGGAGAUCAAACUCCAGCUAGAGGAGAAACGAUCAGAGGCCGAGAGAUUGACUGACUAUGUGGAAGAGUUGGAAAACAAAGAGCGGACUCACCAGUCCAACCUGAGAAAAUCAGAGCUCCAGUUGAGAAGGGCAGAGGAGAGGAGAGAGAAGGCUCAGCAGGAGCUUGACGGGCUGCAGGAGGAGAUGCAAAGGCAAAGAUUGGAGAAUGAGCAGCUGGAAAGUCAGCUCUCUGAGCUACAGCACAAAGAGGAGGAGGAUCAGAAUGAGCUUGCUGCUUUGCGGUCCAAACUGAAAGAACUUGAGGAGCAUGUCCAAGCAGGUAGAGCUAACAUCAUUGCCUUGGAGACCGGGAAAACAAAACUGUCCAUGGAGAGAGAAGCUCUGAAAAAACGUGAGAGAUGUCUCCUAGAGGAAAUAGAGUGCUUGAAACAGGAAGUGACAUCAAAGACAAACUACAUAAAAGAACUACAUGAGCAGCAGGAGGAGACAGUGGCAAAGCAAGGGGAAGCCCAGAAAGAAGUACUGACAUGUGCUGAAGAGACCCUUGCAAAGGCAGAGAUUGCUCUGCGUGAGAGAGAACAGCAGCUGAUCCACCUGAAAGUGGAGCAUGAUGCUCUAAAGGCGGAGCUAGCUGCAGUUAAGGAGGGGCUUAGUACCAGCACAGAGAGAGCAGAGAAGCUACAGGAAGAGGGACAGACUAAAGAUCGUGCAUUGGCUGAUCUGGAGGUCCAUAACCAGCAUCUGAAGGUGGAGCUACGAAGUCUGCAGGAUGACCUGACCGUGCAGGAGGAGGAGUUGGCCUACCAGCAGAGGGAGCUAGAACAGCUUAGACAGCGCUGCAGCCUGCAAGACCACAAUCCUAAACACAACCACCGUUUCCUGGAAGGCCUGUCCCGUGACCCAUCCUUGUCUGCCUCCCUCUCUUCCCCAGAGGUGUUGCGGAGACUGGACUGCAGUGAAGAGCACCCCUCUCGCCUGCAUGUAUCUCACCUCUCAGAGCUCACCGCACUACACAACACAAGCCUGGAGCUUCGAAGCAAGCCCUCACCCAUGGAGUGGGACAGAGAGAGACCGCAAGCCAGACAAACAUUCAUUCUUACUACAGAGAUUGACCCACCCAGCACACACUCUCCAUCACCAUGCUCGCUCACGGUGUCUGAACACCUCUCUGUGCUUGACUCGCUAGAUGCAGAUAAGGUUGAUGAAUUGGAGAAUCUGGAUGUAACAUUAUCUCAGUCUCUGCUUGGCUCCACGUCUCCUGUAUCUGUGCCGGAGUGGGUCAGCGAUGGAUACGGCAGCAAUGUGAGCUCCGGGUUGGAUGCUUUGCUGAAGCUUGAGUUGGAGAAUACCGAGCGUUUGGAUGCUCAUUUUGUAGAAUAUCUGCGCUGCAGAGGAAUGUCACCUGCUGAAAACACAGACAGUGCUGCAGGCAGCAUGCACGAAAGCCACGAGCGUCUCACACCUGAGUUACAGACCAUGUUGAAGCGUGUAUACCAGGAGAGCUGCAGAAUUUUGUCUUUGUCCCAUCGCCCCACCCCAUCUGGUCAGUCCCGCCCAGAUUCUGAGCCUGCCCCGCCUCCCUCCUGGCAGAGGGAGAGACGGGCCUUACAGGAGACCAUCCUGUCACUCAGAGAACUGCUCUGCAGGAUGGCUGACAGGGAACCCAGGACUGAGAGUGAGGAUGUGGACUGGAGGCGUGAGCUAUUACAGGCAGUCCGCAGUGUGUUUGACAGCGAAAGGGAGUGGCUUCACUUGCAACUUCAGGCUCUUAUGGCAGCCAGCACUCAGAUAGACCACACCCCUUUGAUGGACCAGCUGCAGAAACUGUUUCAGAAACAGGAGGAGCAGCAGAGGAGGUCUUUGGAGCAGUUGUUCAGUGCAGACCAUCACAGCCUAUUGGCUGAGGUGCGCAGCUUGCAUGAACAGUUGCAUGCAAGCACCAAACAGAGCCAGGAACAGCUGCAGCAGCUGCAGGAUUCUCUGCACACUGCAAAAGAACAAGGCACGCAAACACAACAACAGAUGCAUAGAGAAAUUGAAGAGCUGGAGUUGCGGCUGCAGCAGGAACAGACAGUGUCUCAUGAUCUGCAGUCCUCUCUGGACGCAGAGAAGGCUCGGGGGGUGGAGCAGCUGAGACAGCUGGAGGUGGAGCUGAAGGUGGUUUCAGAGCUGAAGGCGGAGCUUGAGGAUUCCAGACUGCAGCUACAGUCAGCUUGCAAAAAUCAAGAGGAAUUAAAGAGCCAGAUUAACAAGCUCAGGCUAAAGCUGGAAAAUGUGGAGGCUGAACGUCAGGCCUGCUUACAGGCAGUGGGGAAAGAGCAGACUAGAGUGCAAGAACUGCAGGAGGAGCUUCAUCAGCAGAGACUCAGCAAUCAACAGACAAUUGAGCAGAGCCACCACACACAGGAGUCAUUGCGUCUGGCUUUGAACGAACAAGCAUCUCAUCUCAGUCAGCUUACCUCCACUUUGGACCAGGAGCAUGUGACAGUCAGUAACCUGCGCUCUGAGCUCCAGAUCGAGCAGUCUCGUUGCGAGGCCCUGCUGGCCCAGGAGCGCGAACGCACCGAUCUCGCUAACUCUUGCCUGGAGGAGGAGCGCUCUCGAACGGCCGAACUCUCUGAUUCGCUCUCCCGUCAAGCCCAGGAGCAUGCACACCGCUUGGAGGAGGAAGCUCGCAGACAGGAAGCAGCCAGUGCCCAUGACAGGAAGUUCAUUCAGGACCUACGGAUGCAGCUAGAGCAGGAGAGGCGGCAGGGGGAGGAUCUGGCAGUCAUGUUGGAACGUCUGCAAGGGCAAGUGCUGGAAGGGAAGCGCAGGCAUGCGCAGGAGGCAGAGCAGGAGGCACGCAAGGAGCAGGAGGAAGUGAGGCGGCUCCGUACUGCUCUGGAGGGCCUGCAGGGUCAGAAGAUGGAGGUUGGGCGCACCCUAGAGGCUGAGAGAGAGAGAGCCACUCAGUUACAAGCAGAGUUGGAUGGGAUGAAGGAAAAGAUGAAAGCAGUGAAGGAGAAGGAGAAACUGAGGGAGGAGCAGAUAGAGAGACAGAGGAGGCAGGAGAAACAAGAGCAGAUGGAAAAGGAGCGACGCCACGAACGCACCAACGAAAAAGUGUUGGAGCUUGAGUUGUUGCGUCAAAGGGAUCAGCAAAGAUUGAAGCAGCUGCAGCAGACGCUAGCUCACCUGGAGCAGGAAGAGAAACGGCUCACAUCAGAACGCCUGCAGAGAGACACACACACAAAUGGCUUAAACUUAGCCCAGAACACACUCACAAACCAUUCACAGGACUCUACCUCAUCCACUCCUUUUGUAAUGGAACGAUUGCUGAAGGAGAACUCCCAGUUCUCUGAGUGUCUUGCUGCUCUGAGUGAAGAGAAAAUCUCUCUCAAACACACUAUAUCUUGUCUAGAGAGAGAACUGCACAGCUUCAAAUGCCAGGAGCAGGUAAAGUCUCCUGCUCUUACAGAGCAGUGCGUGUUAUCGGAGAAAUUGGCCUGGCAGAAAGAAAAAGCAGCUCUUCAGGCUGCAUUACGAAAGGCAGAGGCUGAUCUCUCAAAGGUCACAACUAGCAAUGAAAACAGACCCAACUCCGACCUCUCAAACAACAAGGUGCAGCGGCUCUAUGAGAGAUACCUGCGAGCGGAGAGUUACAGAAAGUCACUGGUGUAUCAGAAGCGCUAUCUGCUUUUGCUGCUGGGAGGCUUCCGGGAGUGCGAGCAGGCUACCCUUGCGCUUAUAGCUCGUAUGGGCGCACAGCCAACUUUGAGCCUAACACAAGUCUCCAGACCCCUAAAUCGCUUCAGAACAUCCGUCAGAGUAGUUAUUGCUAUCUCAAGACUGAAGUUCCUCACCAGGAAAUGGCAAAGAGCUACAAGGAAAAUCUCAGUAGGGAGUGCCAUAGUUAACGUGCAUGGAACAAGACAAGGCACUGUUCCUGUUUUGAGGACUGACGUGCUAAAGCCACAGCAGACCGGCGCUGCGUUGGACUCCCCACCCACCCGUGAUCAUGCUUUCACCCAAAGGGGCGUGGUCUCGCCUCUGGUGCCACCUAUCAAAUCCCCCUUUAGACUACACAAUAGAAUGUACCCAAGUCCUGUGCUAGGACCAGCAGACCGCUCCUGCAGCUCUUCCCAAGAUCAGGAACGCUCCCUCACAGAGUAUAUUCAACACCUGGAGACCGUCCAGCAGCGUCUGGGAGCUGGUCGCCCAGGUGCAUCAUCCAUGCUCUCUUAUGCCAGAAAAUCUGACCGAUGAAUGAAGAAAUCAUAUAACCAGUGCCAGUCUGUUCAAUUAUUAGAUUUUUUUACCUUUUUAUAAUUAUUUUUUUUUACAUGUGUCUUUAUCAUAUCAGUUUAAAUAACUGAAACGAUAACAUUCAUAUCCAAAAUGUUUUUGUCCCCCCCCCCCCCCCACACACAUUUGUAUGCAUUUUUAAUUUUUGUAUGGUCUGAAAAUGUUCAUGGUUUACUUUUUUUGUUUUUAUACACAGAAGGUCAUCCUAGUAAGCAUUUAUAAAGAUAAUUGCACUUGAAUUUGUGAUUUAAUAGAUGUCACUGUUUAAUGCACAUGGUUGGACACGUUUUGUAAAAUGUGUUAUAUUUUUUUUAAUAUUGUUUUUAUGGACUGUUUCUAUCAAAUUUAAUAAAUAUUUUAAUCUAGACUUGAA